AGAAAAAACAUCAGAUUUUUUUUGUUUUUGUGUUCACACGUUCAACAAGGAGUUUGUAAUGCGUUCAGUUUCCCCCUGCGGUUCAUUUACGGCCUUUAUCACACCUCAUACUGGUACCACAGAUGGACAAUGUAUGUAAGAUGCAUAACAGGACAUUUGAGAACUGCCCUUAAGCACAGGUCUAGGAUCAGUGUAACCCCCACGCCCUAACCCUCACCAAAGGGGAGAAUAACUGUCCCAAGAUCAGUGUCUAGGUCUAACUUUACAACUUCAUUUCAAGGGAGAGACAGAAAAAGAAGAGUUACAUAAAUGCUCUUUCGUUCGAUCUAGGAGAGAAGUCGGAAGGAAAAGAUCGCGCGAGAAAGACAUUGUUGUGCGACAGAAGUGUCUCCACUUCCUGUGUCGUCAUCAACAUGCGACCAAACCUGGAGCGAGAAGUGGGAGAUUCGAAGUAGCAAAAAAAAGCAACAGUAAUUUCAUAUUUCAUUAAACAAAUGCCAUCUACGAUUAGUUAAAAACGAAAAAGGAAAACCACGACAUCGGAGUAAGAUCCAUACAGCUAUGGCUGCCUCUAUCCUACUAAACUACACUUACUGUUCAGAUCUGUGAUCGGAGCAACUCCGGGAUCAAGCAAGCAUGGCGACCCCCAGUAAGACCCCGCCAGGUUCUGACCCCAAGCAGCUGGAGAGGACCGGGACGGUCCGGGAGAUCGGCUCUCAGGCGGUGUGGUCUCUGUCUUCCUGUAAACCAGGUUUUGGUGUGGACCAGCUGAGAGAUGAUAACUUGGAGACAUACUGGCAGUCUGAUGGAUCCCAGCCACACCUAGUCAACAUCCAGUUUAGGAGAAAGACUACAGUGAAGAUGUUGUGUAUGUAUGCAGACUACAAGUCAGACGAGAGCUACACUCCCAGUAAGAUCUCUGUCAGAGUAGGAAACAACUUCCACAACCUGCAGGAGAUCAGACAGUUAGAGAUGGUAGAGCCUAGCGGUUGGAUCCACAUCCCUCUUCUGGACACAGUCAACAACCCCAUCAGGACGUUCAUGAUCCAGAUCGCUGUGCUAGCCAACCACCAGAACGGCAGAGACACGCACAUGAGACAGAUCAAAGUAUAUACCCCCGUGGAGGAGAGCUCCAUCGGCAAGUUCCCAAGAUGCACCACGGUCGACUUCAUGAUGUACCGCACCAUCAGAUGACACUGAGGGUUCCGGGUGGAACCUCCUCAGGGUUCCGACUAGAACUUUCCAGAGUUCCGGGUGGAACCCUUAAGUGUACAGUGUUGACAAAUAAGGGAAUUGGAAUGCUAAUUUAAAAAAAAAAAGUGAAAUAUUAUUCUAAUUUUCAAGUUAACCUGAAAUCCUUUUCAUUUAAGAUUACAUGGAGCCACUCAACGUAUUACUGUCUCUGAUGCAUCCCAAAUGGCACCCUAUUCCCUAUAUAGUGCACUACUUUAGACCAGAGCCCUAUUCCCUAUAUAGUGCACUACUAUAGACCAGAGCCCUAUUCCCUAUAUAGUGCACU